UCAAUUAUCGUUAUCGAAGGCGCAAUUGUAUAUGUUAGUAAGAUCGUAAUGAAGACAUUCCGCUAUACAAGUGCCAUAAAAGUGCCUUAUAUAAUAAAUUUGAAUAUAAUUUAAUGUGAAAGCGUUCGCCAAUUUCUUGAGGAGUGAGUUUGUAUGGUUAAGAAGCCGUGUUUAUUAAAAAGUUAAUGUGUGUCAACAGCUCAACUAGAAAUAACAAGCAAAAUCGUGGGUGAAUUUAAGUAUUUGGACAAGUGUUAAAGUGAUUCAUAGAGCAAAGCAAGAUUGAUUUUCCACAGAGACUUUAUAAAUGGAACUAUCAAUAUAGUUAUAUAGCGGCAGUAAUAAUAGAAGAAACAGAUGAGAUUAGACUGGACAUAAACAGGAUUAAAUACCUGUUGAAUGUCAGCAAAACGUGUUUUAAAAUUUAGUUAUUAACACUUUAUUGACGAUACAGUGCAGAUUUGAAGAUGUAUACUGUUCUAGGUUGAAGGAAAGUGAAAAGGAAAUAUUGUGCAGAAAUUAAAAUACUUACUAAGAUAGAUGUACAUGCUGUGGAGAAUUUAAAAGUUUGGGACAAUGAAGAGACCUAAAUCAGGAAUGCGGACCUUCAGGCCCAUGAGUGCUCUUAGUCUGCGACCAACAAGUGUUGUGAGUGUCCAAGAGGGACGUCUCAGCGGCGGAAGUACUGAGCUGCGGCCCAAGUCCGGCAAGAGCCUAACGUUCCGGUUGGCGCCGGGCCGUCACACCCCCGCACAUUCUGUCUCAGAGGCGGAGUUUAAGAUCAUCCGCAGGGACAUCCAGACACCCGUUUCCGUUACCAGGGUCGAAAAUUAUCGUGAUGGUUAUGCGAGCGGGCGGAGCACUCAGCUGAGUUCUAUCCGGGAGGGGGCCAGAAGCCCGACCCCCAACGCCGCAAAGGACAUGGAGCACGCUUUCAUUGACGUAACACCGGAUAUGCCCGGGCUCAGCGUGUGGAGGAUCCAGGGCACAACCGUCCGCUGUUGUGACGUAGAUGAGUACGGGUUUUUCCACGAGGGGAAUGUCUACAUAGUUCUUAAUGUUGUAAGUCCAAAUGACAGGACACUUCAUUACUGGAUUGGAUCUCAAGCAACAGAGGCGGAGGCUGCUCUUGGGGAGAAGAAGGCGCACCACCUAGACCUGAUAGUGGCCAACGCCCAUCUCUUUUCCAGGGAGGUCCAAAACCACGAGUCGACAGUAUUCCGCCGCGUUUUUCCCGACGGCAUAGUAUAUAUUGAGGGGAAGCACAAGCAGAGCGUCCCACGGGCGGCCCAGUAUGAGAAGCGACUCUACCUCGUCACCGGCCGGAAGUACGCACGUGCUGCAUGUGUAUUUCCAAGCCGUGUACACAUGCAAUCUUCCAACAUCGUGAUUCUAGACGGUUUUCCCAGAAUCUACGUCUGGAUCGGGAAAGACAGCGGCUACGUCAUUAAAAAUAAAGCUAUCAGGUUGGCAAGGAAGAUGCAAUUGCGACAGAGAAACGGAACGUGCCAUGUUGUUGUCAUCGACGAGACCGAAACCAGUCUGUCCGAGCGGUUCAAGCUGAAGUUUGACGACUGUGCAUUUCCGGAGCUGCCCACGAACGGCCUUCUCGACCAGGGAGAGGGCGAACACACAGAAGAACACGACAGCGCCGAACAGCGCCUGGUCAUGCACAGAGUAUCCGGUGACCGCGUGUUAUACGACAUGCCGGAAGCCCAUAAGCGGCCGUUUAAGCAACGGUACCUGGUGACGCGAGACAGCUUCCUCCUAGACCAGGGGCCACGGGAAGCCAUGUAUAUGUGGGUGGGUGCAGACGCCAUGGAGGACGAGGUCAACAAUGCUAUCUCCAGGGCAAAGUCGCUGCGGGAGCACCACGGGUACCCAGCGGAAAGCCCCGUGUGUCGCGUGCGGGAGGGGCACGAGCCCACGGAGAUGAAGCAAUGUUUCUGUGACUGGCGCGACCACCUCAGCAAGGGCAUGCCCCUAACAAAGAUCUACAGCGCAGGAAAUGUCGGUCGAGCCUUGUUUUCACGCACAGACAGACGCACGGUCGCCACAGUCAAGGGAUGUUGGUCAGAAGAUACGCUAGGCGAAAUUCGCAAAAAUACGCAGGUGUGGGUGUUGAGUGAGGGCGAGCUGUCAGAAUGGGACCACGUGGGCGUGUUCACGAACGCGCGCUGUUUCCUUGUAUUCCACACCACGCUAGAGGGCGCACACUUUCAGUACGUGCUCUACUACUGGCUUGGUACACAGGCAUCGCGUGCAGAUAAGGACCGCAUCGUACAGCUCGCUCUCGAGAAAAAUGACCAGCUCGAGAACGCCGCCGUCUUGAUUCGGGUAUUGGACGGUAGAGAACCGCAGCAUUUCAUGACGGCGCUGGCAGACUGGAUGCUAGUGUAUGAUGGAGAGUUGGAGACAGAGUCCGACAGGAAACUGUUCUGUGUGAGAGACGCCGGUGACAGGGCCACGAGAAUCCAACAAAUGCCACUGUGUUGGGACAGCUUUAACUCGUCAGCGUCGUUCCUGCUAUUGACAGAGGACAACCCCUUCCUGUGGUACGGCCGCCAAUCCGGAAGUACCGAGCGCGAGGCCACCAAGGACCUUCUAGGCAUUCUGUGUUCAGCCAAAAUGUAUUCAUACGAAGUUGUGCCUGAGGGUAAAGAGACCGUAGCGUUCUUGAAGCACGUUGGAGGUACAAAGGCUUAUGAAACCGAGUACAAAACCCAGGUGCUGGAGCGGCGGCCGCCAUGUUUGCUCUAUUGUCAUCCAAAUGAGAGGGAUUUUGAAUUGAUCGACAAUUUUCAACAAGAGGAUCUUUCCGAAGAAGGUGUCUUUAUAUUGGACACAUUCGAUCAGUUGUUCAUGUGGUGCGGAGAGCGAGUGGAAGGAAAACGACGGAAACGGCUGCUGGAGCUCUCAGAGGCGUACAUCCGGUGUGACCCUGCGUGCCGCGACCACAGUGCGGUAUCUGUAUGGGCCGUCUCCCAGCGGUGCGAGCCUCUCGCAUUUAUCAAACACUUCCGUACAUGGAACGCACUCGGAUACUCGGGGAGGCAUUCCUAUGAGAUUUUGAGGAAACGAGUACGCCAGGAAAAUGCAAAGAUCGACAUUGAUCAAAAUCUGGUUGAUACGACGUUUCUGAGCCAGCCUAAGUACCCGUACCGCGUUCUAUUGCAAAAGGAACUUCCCCCAGACAUCGACGACACAAACAAACACAACCACCUGUCAGAGCGUCAGUUCCGGGAUAACCUAAAGGUGUCGCGGCUCGAGUUUUACCGAUUUCCGGUGUGGAAGCAGCGACAGGUGCUCCGCUCCGCCCGCCUUUUGUACGUGCCGCCCGUCAUCCAACACGCCGAGCCAACGUGACCCACAACCGGAAAUACCUCACCAACGGGGGCGCGCUGUGAUAUCCGCUUAUGGAUGGACUGUGAUAUUUGACUACUGCAAAUGAUAUGUGAUAGCCAUAUUUUGUUGUCUUUUAAAAUUCAUAUUGAAUAAUGACAUUAAAUACAAUUGGCAUGGUAGGCAUUGAAUAAUUGAUUUUCAUUCGAUAUACAUCAGAUGUCCAAUGGGGUGAAUCAUUAUUGUUUAUUUGGCAAUUUUGCUACUUUCUUUAAUCAUUUACAGCAGAGGUACUAUAAUUUUAAAAGCACACUUGUCGUAAUUUAAGCUGUAAAGCCACUGCCAUGCCGCCAUUUAUUAGUCAUUGUAUAUGGUAUAUUCUCCCAUUGAUUCAAAACGUGAUUGUUCAAUUGACGAUAUACUGACAAGUAAAUCAAUGCUAUUUUCUUAUUGUAAUGCAUUUUAUUUAUUUGUAUUUAUAUGUAAACCAUUUGAUAAUUUAUAACUUUGUUACUUUUACA